AUGAAUUCCAAAUUCACAUUUCAGGGUCUCUCGGCAUUUCAGCCCUCCAUUUCCAAAUACAGAAAACUACAUUUGUAUGUCUUCAAGUUCAUUCUGCUGCCACCUCCAAUCUGCUAUUCAACCCAUCCUCCAGUGGAUUUUUCAUUUCAGUUACUGUACUUUGCAAUUCUAGAAUUCUCAUUAGGUGUUUAUUUAAACUUAUUUAUUUUUAAUUGGAGGAUAAUUGCUUUACAUUAUUGUGUUGGUUUCUGCCAACAUGAAUCAGCCAUAGGUAUAAUACAUAUGUUGCCUCCUUCUUGA